AACAAACAGACGAACAAUAAUUGGUCAACAAUGUUUGAGUGGAAUUUAUAAUCCCAGUUAAUGCUGUGAAGUUACUCACUCAAGUUCAAAAACAUGUACUCAAUUUCAAGCAGAGUGAAUCAGUUGCAUAAUGAUAGUUGCUCACAUCUUUCACUAUGCCAUGUUCAAAAACCUCCAAUUUAUCUGCGAUGCUCGUCUAACGUUUAUUCUCCAUUAUCGUUUCUUCUGGGUUCAAACUUCCAACAUAGUACUCUCAUUGUGUAUAGUAUACACCCAUUUAUUUUAUUCCACUUUUUUGUUUCUACCUACAAAGAAUACUCAAUUAUUUUAUGCAUGCUUUUGUUGUUGGUUUCACAGAGUACAGAAGCUCCAAGCUGCCUCUCAAAUGUGCAUCGCUGAACUCUUCGGGUUCCCUGCUACCCGAUCCAAUCCCCCAGAUACUUACUUCUUAUUCAAACGAAACAAAAUUUAUUGUUACCAUUAAAAUAAAACACGUUUUUGUCUCUUUUUCCUUUAAGCAAAAUCUUUGUUUUUGGUUAAUUUGUUUGUAUCAUCAGAUAAUGAAGCAAAAAUCAUUGCUCAUUUUUGGAUAUCUUCUUUGCAUAAUUUCAGUAAAUAUAUUUAGUCUACCAACAUCAAUAGGUGAUAAUUGUUUCUCUUAAUAUCAGAAAAAAAAGGUGAUAGUGUGAUGUAAUUUCUAAUUUUGACAGUAAAAUGAAUCGGGCGCAGGAAUUGUAUUGCUGGCUUCUGUUAGUGGAGCUCAGCUCUCAAGUUAUGCUACUUUUCUAUCAGAUCCAUAUGUGGCACCAUUAAGCAUAGUCAUGACAUCAUUAUCUACUAUUUCCUCGGUUUUCAUCACGCCACUGUUAUUAUUGUUGCUCAUUGGGAAGAGACUGCCAAUAGAUGUAAAAGGAAUGGUGUUUAGCAUUACACAGAUUGUGCUGGUUCCUAUUACAUUUGGUCUACUUCUAAAUCGCUUCUUUCCUCAUAUUUGUAAUGCUAUUCCACCAUUUUUGCCUCUGCUAUCGGUAUUGGUUGCUGCUCUCUCUGCCGGAGCACCACUUGCUCUUAACAUUGACUCCGUCAAAUCCUCAUUUGGUUUUGCUAUCUUUUUGCUCGCUGUUGCUUUUCAUUUGUCAUCUUUUGUAGCUGGUUAUAUUCUUAGUGGAUUCGUUUUUCGCUAUUCUCCUGAUGUGAAGCCGCUGCAGAGAACAAUUUCCUUUGAGACAGGUGUGUGUUGUUAUCUGAAGUAGGAGGCUGAAAAAGCAAGAGACUCUGUCUGUCUCUUGAGACUUAAAUAUCUUCGAACUAACCAUGGCGGCGGCAACGUUGUACUUAGCAAAACCAUGUUUUUGUUCUCCGAAAAUUCCGUUUGCGUUUAAUAAUAAUUCAAGAGUCAGUAACAGUAGCAGGUUUGGGCGAUUUGGAAGCUUAAAGCCGAAAGCAGGUCUCUCUGACUUGGUAAACAUUGUAGAAAGCGCUUCUUCAUAUAUCCAACUCGAACUUCAUGAACCUUCCAAUGCCCUCUCUUUACCCACUUGGGCUGUUCACGUUUCCAGCGUCGUUGAAUGGAUUAUAGCUAUGGCUUUGGUAUGGCAAUAUGGGGAGAAAUCAGGGUAUCAAGCUUGGAAAGGCCUUUCUUGGGGUAUGGUUCCUCUACUUGGUGGGGCAUUUUGUGCAUGCACAUGGCAUUUCUUUUAUAACUCCGACUCCCUUGAGGUAUUGGUAGCUCUUCAAGCAGCAUUAACUGUUAUAGGUAAUGUCACAAUGUGCAUAGCUGCAUACCGGAUAUACAAAUCAUCCCGUGAAAGCUCUGAGAAUUUUUGAAGUGUUUGCAUGUGAGUAUCUGAAAAUAACAUUUAUGGUUGAAUGAAGAGUAUAUUGAUUUGUAAAAUUAUUCUCAGUGACAAAGAUGGAAUCUGUAAGUUACACCUUUGCUUCCUGAUCUUGAUCUCAUCUGUGUAACUUUUGUAUGUAGCUUUCUUUUCACAUGAUACUGUCCCCACUAGAGAAUUCAAUUCUAUACUGAUUGAUACAUGGUAGUGACGUUUUCCUGUAUUAUUUUGUCAAUAGAGUACUUUGUGUAGUAUAUUAAUAAGAAUGCUUAAACCUUUUUCUUUUUCUUUUUUCAUUU